GACCGGGGAGGCCCAGGAGGAAACUGGGGCCCCAAACAGAGGGCUUGGGCACCUCGGCUUCGGGUGGGCUGAUCCCAGGACCCAAAUGGGCCUGCGGAGAUGUGGUGGCCUUUCUUGUGUGGUCACUCAGGGGCACCAGCCCACUUGCCUGCCUCCCCUUCCUGCCUCUCCAGGCAGGACUCAUCCACAUGGGCAGGUCCCGGCCUGGGACUGGGGGGAGGCUGCACCCUGAAGAUGCAGAUCUUCCCCCAGAGAUACCCCAAUUUCCGGGUGUUCCAGCCUUCCUAGGCCACCCCCGGCCCCAUCUGGGUCCUUCUGAGAAACAGAUUGUGCCGGCUCUCUCCCUCCCGCCAUCGGCAGAGCUCCUGGGCUCCACCAAGAAGAUCAAUGUCAACUUUCAGGACCCCGAUGGCUUCUCUGCCCUGCACCACGCGGCCCUGAAUGGCAACACAGAACUGAUCACCCUGCUCCUGGAGGCCCAGGCUGCUGUGGACAUCAAGGACAACAAAGGCAUGCGGCCGCUGCACUACGCGGCCUGGCAGGGCCGGAAGGAGCCCAUGAAGCUGGUGCUGAAGGCGGGCUCAGCGGUGAACAUCCCAUCCGACGAGGGCCACAUCCCUCUGCACCUGGCAGCCCAGCAUGGUCACUAUGAUGUGUCCGAGAUGUUGCUGCAGCACCAGUCCAACCCGUGCAUGGUGGACAACUCGGGGAAGACGCCCCUGGACCUGGCCUGUGAGUUCGGCCGCGUUGGGGUGGUCCAGUUGCUCCUGAGUAGCAACAUGUGUGCGGCCUUGCUGGAGCCCCGGCCGGGGGAUACCACCGACCCCAAUGGCACCAGCCCCUUGCACCUGGCGGCCAAGAAUGGCCACAUUGACAUCAUCAGACUCCUCCUCCAAGCCGGCAUUGACAUUAAUCGCCAGACCAAGGCCGGCACAGCCCUGCACGAGGCCGCACUCUGUGGGAAGACGGAAGUGGUGCGGCUACUGCUGGAUAGUGGGAUUAAUGCCCACGUGAGGAACACCUACAGCCAGACGGCCCUGGACAUCGUGCACCAGUUCACCACAUCCCAGGCCAGCAAGGAGAUCAAGCAACUGCUGCGAGAGGCUUCAGCGGCCCUGCAGGUCCGGGCAACCAAGGAUUAUUGCAACAAUUACGACCUGACCAGCCUCAACGUGAAAGCUGGGGACAUCAUCACGGUCCUCGAGCAGCAUCCGGAUGGCCGGUGGAAGGGCUGUAUCCAUGACAACCGGACAGGCAACGACCGGGUGGGCUACUUUCCAUCCUCCCUGGGCGAGGCCAUUGUGAAGCGAGCAGGUUCUCGAGCAGGUGCCGAACCAAGCCCAUCGCAGGCGGGCAGCUCAUCAGGGCCCUCCGUGCCCCCCGAGGAGAUCUGGGUGCUGAGGAAGCCUUUUGCAGGUGGGGAUCGCAGCGGCAGCGUGAGCGGCGUGGCCGGUGCAAGAGGUAGUGGGGGCCACACCCUGCACGCAGGCUCCGAAGGGGUCAAGCUCCUGGCAACAGUGCUCUCCCAGAAGUCCGUCUCCGAGUCCAGCCCCGGGGACAGCCCUGUCAAGCCUCCAGAGGGCCCCACAGGUGCGGCCCGGGCCCAGCCUCCAGCGGCCCACGCUGGGCAGGUGUAUGGGGAACAGUUGCCCAGGAAGCUGGAGCCGGCAUCGGAGGGCAAGAGUGCCGAGGCCGUGAGCCAGUGGCUCGCCACGUUCCAGCUGCAGCUCUACGCCCCCAAUUUCAUCAGCGCCGGCUACGACCUGCCCACCAUCAGCCGCAUGACCCCGGAGGACCUCACGGCCAUUGGGGUCACCAAGCCGGGCCACCGGAAGAAGAUCACCGCAGAGAUCAGCGGCUUGAGCCUCCCCGACUGGCUGCCUGAGCACAAACCCGCGAACCUGGCGGUGUGGCUGUCCAUGAUCGGCCUGGCCCAGUACUACAAGGUGCUGGUGGACAACGGCUACGAGAACAUCGACUUCAUCACCGACAUCACCUGGGAGGACCUGCAGGAGAUCGGCAUCACUAAGCUGGGACACCAGAAGAAGCUGAUGCUGGCAGUGAGGAAACUGGCGGAGCUGCAGAAGGCAGAGUAUGCCAAGUACGAGGGGGGACCCCUGCGCCGGAAGGCCCCACAGUCACUCGAAGUGAUGGCCAUUGAGUCGCCAACCCCGCCUGAGCCAGCCCCCGCUGAGUGCCUGUCUCCUAAGAUGACCACCUUCCAGGACAGCGAGCUCAGUGGCGAGCUGCAGGCUGCCAUGACUGGCCCAGCAGAGGGGGCCACCGCCGCCCCCACUGCCGAGAAGCCCUCCAACCACCUGCCCCCGACGCCGAGGGCCUCCAUACGGCAGGAGCCCAGCCUGGGAGGACAGGCUCGGCACAUGAGCAGCUCUCAGGAGCUGCUGGGUGAUGGGCCCCCCGGGCCUGGCAGCCCGAUGUCACGAAGCCAGGAGUACCUGCUGGAUGAGGGGCCAGCCCCCGGCACCCCACCCAAGGAGACCCGGUCCAGCCGCCACGGCCACGGUGUCAAGCGGGCCAGUGUGCCCCCAGUGCCGGGCAAACCGCGGCAGGUCCUUCCGCCAGGUGCCGGCCACUUCACGCCCCCUCAGACGCCCACUAAAGCCCAGCCAGGCUCCCCUCAGGCCCUGGGGGGGCCUCAUGGUCCCACCCCAGCCACAGCCAAGGUGAAGCCCACCCCACAGCUGCUGCCACCAACAGAGCGACCCAUGUCACCCCGUUCGCUGCCUCAGUCACCCACGCACCGUGGCUUUGCCUAUGUGCUACCCCAGCCCGUGGAGAGCGAUGCAGGGCCAGCUGCCCCCGGGCCCGCACCUGCGGCCGCGCCUCCGCCCGUGCCCACGCUGUGCCUGCCUCCGGAGGCCGACGUGGAGCCGGGGCGGCCCAAGAAGCGAGCCCACAGCCUGAAUCGCUAUGCAGCGUCCGACAGUGAGCCAGAGCGGGACGAGCUGUUGGUGCCAGCUGCCGCGGGGCCCUAUGCCACCGUCCAGCGGCGUGUGGGCCGGAGCCACUCGGUGCGAGCGCCUGCCGGCACCGACAAGAAUGUCAACCGCAGCCAGUCCUUUGCCGUGCGGCCCCGAAAGAAGGGGCCGCCCCCGCCCCCGCCCAAGCGCUCCAGCUCCGCCAUGGCCAGCGCCAACCUGGCCGACGAGUCGGUGCCGGAUGCUGAGACGGAGGGGGCUGGGGCCGAGGAGGGCCGGCUGGGGGUGCGGGCACAGCGCCGACGGGCUAGUGACCUGGCCGGCAGCGUGGACACAGGCAGCGCCGGCAGUGUGAAGAGCAUCGCAGCCAUGCUAGAGCUGUCCUCCAUCGGGGGCGGGGGCCGAGCGGCCCGCAGGCCCCCAGAGGGCCACCCCACGCCUCGCCCUGCCAGCCCGGAGCCAGGCCGGGUAGCCACAGUUUUGGCCUCAGUGAAGCACAAGGAAGCCAUCGGGCCUGACGGUGAGGUGGUGAACCGGCGCCGCACACUCAGUGGGCCGGUCACGGGGCUUCUGGCCACUGCCCGCCGGGGGCCUGGGGAGUCAGGGGGGCCUGCAGAUCAUGGCCACUUUGUGGAGGAUGGUGCCACCCGGCAGCGGUCUCGAGGUCCAGCCAAGGGUGAGGCAAGUGCGGAGGGCCCGCCCCUGGCCAGGGUGGAGGCCAGUGCCACGCUCAAAAGGCGCAUCCGAGCCAAGCAGAGCCAGCAGGAGAACGUCAAGUUCAUCCUGACUGAGUCGGACACAGUCAAGCGCCGGCCCAAGGCCAAGGAGCGGGAAGCAGGUCCCGAGCCACCACCGCCACUGUCCGUGUACCAGAACGGCACGGGCACUGUGCGCCGCAGACCCACCUCUGAGCAGGCUGGGCCCCCAGAACUGCCCCCCCCACCCCCACCUGCAGAACCCCCACCCUCCGACCUGCUGCACCUUCCCCCCCUGCCCCCGCCGGACACCGAUACCCGGAAGCCAGCCAAGCCGCCAGUCUCUCCCAAGCCCGUGCUGGCUCAGCCUGUGCCCAAGAUCCAGGGCUCACCCACGCCUGCCUCCAAGAAGGUGCCACUGCCAGGUCCUGGCAGCCCAGAGGUGAAGCGCGCCCACGGCACGCCGCCGCCCUUCUCAGACUCACAAUGCCCGGCCGGCUGCCUCACGCGCGGCUCCUCAGAAACUACGACUUCCGGCGGCUUCGACGUCGCGGGGCGGGAUUGGCAGCUUUAG